GCGGUCGUCUUCGAGGCCGGCCCCGGCGGUGAGGUGCCCGUGGACUUCCGCGGCAUGGUCGGCGAGUCCCUCCGGCCGCCCGAGCUGAUGGACCUGCGCCCCUACCGCGCCACCACGGUGGACCCCUGGUGCCUGGGCUGGAGCACGUUCUACCCGCUGGCGGCACAGCCGCUCUUCCUGAGCGCCGACCCCGACGGUGAGGUGCCCGCGGACUUCCACGGCAUGGUUGGCAAGUCCUCCCGCACGUUCUACCUGCUGGCGGCGCAGCCGCUCUUCCUGAGCGCCGACCCCAAGCAGCAGGACCACUGCGUCUGCUCGCAGAUGGCGCUGGACUUCAUCCUGAGGCCCAUGAGCCUGGACCCCUCCAAGCGCGUGUCGAUCGCAGACGCCCUCGGGCACGCCGGGCGCGCGGACCCGCGCUUCGGUCCGUGCCUCCUGCCCGCGGCGGUCCUGCCCGAGGCCGCCCGCGGCGGCCAGGAGGGAACCGCGGACGACCAGGCCGCGCCCGGCUUCGUCGCGGCGCUUGGCGCGGCGCCGUCAGCGGUCAGAGAGGCCGCCACCGCCGGCGGAGCUCCCGGUGCGUGGCCGCUUCCGAGCUCGGGCAUGCAGCCGAGCGCUGUCGCUGGAGAGGCCGCCGUGCCCUACUCCACCUUGAGGCAGGCCCACGGGAGCCCCGCCCUGCCCCUGCGGAAGCCCCUGGAUGACGCCCUGGCCGGAGACGAGCUUCACGGAGAUGAUCAGGCCGAGUAUACCAGCGCUGACGGGCGCAUCCGCUGCGGCGCCGACGACGGCUCUGAUAUCAGCAGCCCCUCUGACGGCCUCGCCCCCACGGGG